GAGUAAUUGUUAAUGAAUACACCUGGAACGUAUUUUUAGACCGCCGUUGAAUUUAUAACCUAAAGGCUAAAAUUGUGGUAGGUCCCGUACACUCGAAAGAACGCCCGCCACACGUAUGGCGCGUCCAAUCUGACGAAACGCUCUCCGCAUUUACCGGGUGACGUGGCAGCAAACUUGUGGCUACAAUUCACUGUUGCCCGUAAUUAGCGUUCCUGUCCAUCAAGCCGGCCCAAAGCUAAUUGUUAUUUUUUGCCCCUUCGUUAAGUUGUUUUCCACGUCAGCACCAAAAAAAUCAAUUAUCCACGUGGCGAAAACCCAGGACCUCGUACUACUGAACGUGAAUAAAAAGAAAAUGAACCUCACUCACUACACACAGAAAGGAGCAGAGAAACACAGACUCCAAAAACCUCUCUUCUUUUUUUUUUUUCUUUUUUUUUUUUUGGGUUUUCUAGAAAUCAUCAGUUCUUUGCUAGUGGUUGAGAUUCUUUUAAUCAUUCCUUAGAAUAUUAAUUAUAAUAUUGUUUUUGUUCAUUUAAGGAAUUCGAUUUAUUUGUUGGCAUUAUUAAUUCAAGAAAACACAAAAAAAAAAAAAAAAAGAAAAAAAAAAAAAUGGGUGAGCUGCCUGUGCCGGCGGCGAUGUGUGAAUUUUGUAGGGUGAUGAGAGCAGUAGUGUACUGCCCUUCAGACAGAGCUCGUCUCUGUUUGCAGUGCGACGGUGUUAUCCACUUAGCCAACUCCUUAUCCGUCAAACACUUUCGCUCUCCUCUCUCCUCCUGGGACAUCUCCCAAACCCUACCCCAUAACGAUUCUCUCUCUCACGCGCCGCCGCAUGACACCGCCGCAUGCUCCUGUUGCUUUGACAACCACCGUCUCGACUUGGACUUGGACGGCGGCGGUUGCCCCCCUCUUCCCGAUUUCUUCAAAUUCCGGCCUUCUUACAAUCUUGAUUCUCGGGCCGUGGGUUGGCCUUCUUCUUCUUCUUCUUCUUUGUCGGGCGGAAUGAUGACGAAUAACACACUCCACGAUAUGGCCGCACGUGUGAAAAUGAUGCCAAUGUCUCUCCCACCAUCGCCGCCGUCUCUCUGCGGGGAUCAGAAAUGGACGACGCCGUUUAACGGAGAUCACGUGCCGUUCUUGCCUCAAAAGAGUGGUAUUAUUGAUAUUGAUAGUCAUGUGGUGAAGGAUAUUGGGGUUCAAGAGAAUGAGUUUCUAUGUGGGAAUGUGGAUAUAGGUGAUGACAUUAGCCUUACCUUCGACUAUGAAAUAUUCGAUAGUUUGCCGAAUCAGCCCCGAUUUCCGACCAACGACGAUGGUGGAGUAAUCGACGGACUACUUACCGAUAAUAACAACAAUAAUAAUAAUAAUAAUAAUAAUACCUUAUCCGUCACGGAAUCUAAUACACCUCUCAUCGACACCGCUGCUUUGGAGGCAUCAUCAUCCGUACAACAAGAAUGCAUUGCUUUUCAACCUCAAAAUAACUGCAUGAUUAUGAACCCGAACGUUGGGGUUGGAUAUGCAAAUAAUGGACAAGUCCCUACAAGCAUGCCGUUAGCCCUAUCUAACAUCACAAGGGAAAGUACUACUAGCACUUCUGAAUAUCAAGAUUGUGGUUUGUCACCUUUAUUUCUCACAGGCGAUUCUUCGUGGGACUCUAAUUUCGAACCUAGUUGCCCACAUGCUAGGGAUAAAGCCAAGAUGCGAUACAAUGAGAAGAAGAAGACCCGUACGUUUGGUAAGCAAAUAAGAUACGCUUCGCGUAAAGCAAGAGCCGAUAUCAGAAAGCGUGUUAAAGGUAGAUUUGUGAAGGCCGGUGAAGCAUGUGACUUUGAAACCGGCGGUGAAACAAGGCCUUUCUAAGCCAAGUCGAUUCAUCUUUCUUUCUUUUGUGGAUACACAAUUUUUUUUAGGCAUAAAGGUAUGCGUAAAUUGUAUAUUUGAACCCCUUGUCGUUAUACGAUGAUUCCACUAGCCAACAUCUAAUCUUGAUUAAUGGCAACCAAACGAGACCUUACUGGAUACAUUUCAUUUUUUUGAUAGGGCAAUCUAUGGUAUAUAUGCCUCGCGGUAGGAGGGACCGCUCGACCAGCUAAAGAAACCACUGUGAUUGAGGUUAGUUUGAUUCUUUGUAUACUCUUCUUGUUUAUUAAUCUACGGUGGUGGUUUAAUGCAUAUUUUGAUCUGUAUUUUUUGAAGGGCCGGAAGUCAAAGACAAUCGUCCCAAGAGAUCGUUCUAGUUUAGUUUUCGUGGUUUUAUGAGAUUGAAAACGAUAAAUAGAACACGCAAUUCCUUAAUAAUACUGGGAAUUGCUGUUUC